AUGGCGCCGAAGCAGAACUUCCGUGUGGUUAUUGUCGGUGGAUCAAUCGCCGGCUUAACCCUUUCCCACUGUCUAGCGCGCCACAACAUCGACUUUGUUUUGUUGGAAGCGCGCGAGGAAAUCGCUCCACAAGAAGGCGCCUCGAUCAGUAUCUUUCCGACUGCUUGUUUGUCGCUGGAACAGCUAGGCGUUUUGGAUGAUAUUCUGGAACAAGUGGAGCCGUUGAAGCCGUUGUACAAUUGGGAUUCGAACGGCAAGCUCCUUGCUUAUACUGAAGUACCGGCUAUAUCCCAGAAGAGGCAUGGAUACCCGGGAGCUUUCUUGGCGCGUCAAAGUAUUCUUGAGAUCUUGUAUAAACAUCUUGGAGAACGACAAGGCGCGGUCCUGACCGGCAAGAAGGUCAUUAGUGUCGAGCACUUUGACAAUCAUGUUACUGUUCACUGCGCUGAUGGGUCUUCCUUCGAUGGAGAUCUGGUGGUUGGUGCGGAUGGUGUGAGAAGCAUUGUCCGGCAGUUGAUGUGGAGUCAUAUGGAUUCCCGUGGGCUUCAAGCAGAAGCUCGAGAAGAGCGUGAUCGUAUGCUUUACCCCCGUUCUAUGCAACCUAAGACUAAUAAUGAGCUAGGUAUGACAUGCGAGUACGAUUGUGUGUUUGGAAUAUCCUCACCAACCCCUGGACUUUCAACACCGGAUAUCCACCGGACAUAUGCUCGGGGAUGGUCAACAAUCGUGGUCGCUGGAAAGGACAAGGCCUUCUGGUUCCUCUUUACCAAACUAGACCGCAAGUACAAAAGCCAUGAGGUUCCAAGAUUCAACCACGACGAGAUUGACAAACAUCUCGCUCCUUACAUGAACAUCCCCGUCUCGAACACUGUUCCCUUCUCCGAGGUGUACAACAGGAGAGAGGUUAGCAACUGGUUGGCAUUAGAGGAGGUACUCUACAAGAACUGGUGUAUAGACCGAUUUGUCAUCAUCGGAGAUGCAGCUCACAAGAUGGCUCCGAACUCAGGCCAUGGCGGAGACACAGCUGUAGAAACAUCAGUCUCCUUAUCCAACACUAUAGCAUCAAUGCUCGAAAAGCAUCCAGAAAUUCAUACAAAAGACAUCAACGACUCCCUCAAGAAUUGGCAAGAAGCUCGAACCCCCCGAGUCACUCAGAUCUGGCAAACAGCAGCUCAGGUAGUCCGCCUUGAAACAUUAACCAGCUUCAAGCACAGAGUCAUCCAACAUUUCCUUCCAACCCUGAUCGCACUGGCGCAAAACAAAGGAUCUGCAUAUGCGGCUGCAGCAGAGCGAAUCGAUUGCCUCCCUCUACCGCCAAGAUCAUUUACAGGCACAAUGCCAUACAAAUGUCAGGAGAAUCUGGGACAAGUCCUUCAAGAGAAAUUCUGGAAGCGGGUAUUAUGGGGUCUUCCACUAUUCGCCCUGAUGUGUAUCGGAGCCUGUACAGUUGGGGCUACGAUACUCAACAUUAGGCCACAUGCGGAAGCGCUAUUAGAGCAUGGAUUCUGGAAUGCUAGCACAGGAGAAGCUUUCAGCAUUCACAAGCCGAUCUACAAGCUUCGGGUUUUGGAUGAUAUCUUCCAGCCUAUCAUCUUGUGUUUCCUUCCGUCGAUUACAGGAACAGAUCCGCAAUCAUGGACGCAGAUGUUCAGUUUUAUCCCGGAGUACGGCGCUGUAUACGCUAUCUGGCUGCUGGAAGGGUAUCGCAAAGUAAAUUCCUGGCCUGCAGUAUUAUUCCCAAUCAUCAUGGGCCAAGGAGCCCAACUCCUCUCCGUCGCUGCAUUUGGUCCGCUAUACUACUCCCUCCAAUACCUCCAAGUCUCACUAUACGAAACAGCUCCCAGCAAUAACCGGGAGAUUGAUCCGACAUGCACAUACACGCUCCUCGCAGCUCUAGUAGCAGCCCAUUACAUCCCCUCAUAUGCGAGCUUCCUCGUCCCAGACCUCCAAGAAAGAAGAUUAUGGAACGCAGCAUGGCAAAUCUUCCCUCUUACAGUCCCCCUCCUCCAGCUCCCGUUGUCACUAUUCCUGGGGUCUAAGCUUAAUCCAGACGCAGCAUCCGUUGAAGCGCGCGCAGAAAACAGGAAGAGGAGCUUAAUCGCGAUCCGGGUGGCGUAUUGCUCAUUAGCUGUGAUUUCGGCGUUGGGAUUCGUGUACGCACGUGCGAAUGCACCGGUUGGGUCUUCGAUGCUGGAUAUCUUUUGGCCAGGAUUGAGGGGAUAUGCGUUGCCUGGUGAUGCUUCAUUUGAGGAGGGGAUUGCAAGGUUCAUGCAAUAUGAUCAGGUCAGUUCAAUGGCGUCGGGAUUCGUUUGGCUUGGUUUGCGACUGCGGGAGCUGAGAAAAUCUGGUGUUGAAUUCUCUUGGUUUGGGGUAGUUGGUGGGUUAGUAGGGAUUACAUCUGUGUUUGGGCCUGGAACUGCAUUUCUACUUGGAUGGGGGUUGAAAGAGGAGCUGCUCCAUAGACUUGGAGCUUGA